GAGAAAGCGUCGGAAGUGACAAAGCGGAGAACAGAGCGGCGGCGUGCAUUUUGCGUGUAUUAGCCUUGAUCAUACAUUUCACUGACGACGAUCUAGAAGUUUCUUCGGCUAUCUUGCUUUUCUAGCCUUCACCGGCACGAACUCUUCACAUUCCCCAAAGAUGCCGAAACUUGACGAGAUCAAGCAGGACUUGGCCGAACUAAAGAGCCUCCAGGAAUCUGCUAAGAGGCCCAAGGUCCAGCAGAUUCUCACCGUGGAAGUCCGCAAGCUCGAAACAGAACUCAUCAAGGAGCGGGAUCGGCUCACCGAGCAGGGUGCCGAUCAGGCCAAGCCCACGGCGCCCAAGGUGUCGAAGGAAAACACCGUGUUUACCGUCAAGAUCACAGACUACGCUUGGGACCAGUCUGAGAAGUUUGUUAAGUUCUACAUCACCCUUCCCGGUGUGCACACAUUGCCCUCUGACAACAUCAAGACGGUCUUUGGAGCAAGAAAAGUUGAGCUCCUGGUGUCAGCACUGGCAAGUAAGAACCACAGCCUGGUGAUCACCAACCUCAUGAAGGAUAUUUUGCCUGACAGUAGUUACCACAAAGUGAAGACAGACAUGGUUGUGGUUUUCCUUCGCAAGUCAAGUCCCCAGGACUGGUCUCAUGUGACGGAGGCAGAGAAGAAAGCCAAAGAGCCCAAGGUCCCAAAGCCAGAGGUGGACAGCAGCGACCCAAGCUCAAGCUUGAUGACCAUGAUGAAGCAGAUGUACGACGAAGGAGAUGACGACAUGAAGCGCACCAUUGCCAAGGCCUGGACCGAGGCCAGGGACAAGCAGGCCACGGGAGACUUUGGCGGCAUGCUCUAGCGACCUUUCCUGUUUCUUCCUCAGAGACUCCAUUGCAACUGCCCCAUUAUUCUACGAGUCUACACACUGGCCAUCUUUUGUUUAUCGUGGAACACACAUUAUUGCCAUCUUCAAAAGUCUCCGUCGGUGCCGCCUUGGGGUCUGGUGGCGUUUCGACGAUACACUCGUGUAGGACAUCAUUAAAAUAAGGGGGUCACAUUAUUUUUUUUUUUGCAUGCUUGUUUUUUUUUUUUUUUUUUUUUUUGCUAUGGAAGAAAUCAAAGUUGUGAUAUUCAUGGGGAAGUGUUAAAAAUCUGCUGUGGGGAAUAAAGUGUGUUUGCAGAGAUCA